CUCGACCCGCGCUGGCCGUUGUGCAGUCCUUAGCGCUCCAACGAUGGCCAACUUCCUCAACCCAAACGCCGGCGGGCAGGGCCGCUCGGGCCAGGCCCGCGACAUGCUGCGCGGCAUGGCCAACCCCAGCUCCGUCGGCGGCGGCGAGCCGAGCGGCAAGAGCGACAUGGACCGGCUGAAUGACGCGGCGAUGAAAAUCACGCAGAACGCGGCGGAGCGGAACCUGCGCGCGGACAUGGAGGCGGAGGCGGCGGAGGCGGCGGCGGCGGAGGAGGCGCGGCGGAUAGCCAGCCACAGGGAGAUUGAGGUGGAGGAGGAGGUCGCCGAAGGAGACGACGACGAGUGGGACGACGACGACGAGAUGCAGUCGCUGCAGGAGAAGCGUUUGGCGGCGCUCAAGGCGCGCUUCAACGCGGAGAAGCAGCACGCGGCGCAGGGGCACGGCGAGUACCGCGAGAUCGGCGAGGAGGACUUCCUCACCGAAGUGUGCGGCUCACUCAACGUCGUCGUCCACUUUUCGCACCCAGAGGCGCCCUUCUUUGUGCGCAAACUCGCCCUCACCGUCCUGCCCGCCGUCCUGGUCUUCAAGGACGGCGUCAAGGGAGAGCAGCUGUUUGGCUUCGAGGACCUCGGCGGAAAGGACGACUUUCGCACGGAGGUGCUCGAGCACUGGCUGGGCAUGGCGGGCGCAAUCAAGAUGAAGGCCAAGCAGGUCGCGCGCUUCCGCCAGCGGUACGCAGACGGCGCCCGCGCGACGCCGCUCUCUGACGACGACGACUCGGGCGCCAGCUCGGACGAGGGCGGCCGCUAGAGCGAGGCAGUCCGCAUACAGGGCCGCGGUGUGUUCCAGACUCUACCUCACGUUUUUGUGUAUUGUUCACAUCUUGUGCUGUCAUAUAUC